CUCAGGAGAGAGAGUAUGUGUGAAUAGACUGAGAAGGAAAGAGAGGUCACCCGAGGAGCAGAGAAGAGGACAGUGGAUCAUUAUGGGAGUCAAAUUCAGGGCUUGUGUUGCUAUUGUCUUUAUCCUCCUUUUGCUUGGCUCCAUGUGGCUAUAUGGGAACCUGGAGCACUGGAACACUUGUCCGAUAGCUUCUAGAGUAAAAAACAAGCCUCUAUCUUUGACUAUAGUUAAUAGUUCAGAUGAAGGUGUGGCUCCACUGAGGGUGUGUCCUGGUCAGAGGUUUCAAGUUGCCAAAUUGCAGGCUCAUCUGCAGGCAGCACCAGUCUCUGCAAAUGAUGUGCUACUAAAGCCGUACCUAGCAAGCUGGGAUGAGCUUAUCAACUUUUUGGAAGCCUUAGGACCAAUGGUGGGUUUAAUUUCACAAGAAAUUGAGUCAAAAACCACCAUCAUCCGUGACCUGGCCCAAAAAGCGGAAAAAGAGGCAGAGAAGAAAAUGACUCCGCAAAGAGACACAGGCAUGGUGAUAUCUCAUAACAGAUCUUCUAACUACUCUGAAUUGAAUCACAGACUUUCAUUUGGAUACACUUCUAUCCGGUCUAUGAUUAAAUGGGAGUUAGAGAAUGGUUUAGUAGAUUUUCACCAGCAGACGAAUUCAGGCUGCAGGACUCUGCUGCGCUUACACCGCGCUCUGCUCUGGCUGCAAACCUUCCUGCAGGAACUAGGGAAGGAUGCAACUGAAGGAGAGCGUCUACAAAGCCCUUCUGACCUCUGCAAAGAGACUUACCAGCGCACGCUGGCCCACCAUCACACCUGGUUGGUGAGGAAAGGAGCAGAGCUGGCCUUUCUUGCUAUGCCUGAACGACCUUAUUUCUACAAGUUGGUGUGUGUGGGAACGCAGGCAGAAGCCUCUGUGGUGCUGAACAGGGUAGUGAGAGCGAUAGAAGAAGUGUACAAGAGAAAUGAAGUUGCUCUACAGGAACACGGCAUGCUGGAUCUACCCUGAGCGUACAAAGAGAGAGGGGAAAAAUGAGAGUGGGACCAACCAUAAGAACAGGACACUGAAAUACAAAAUUAGAACUUUGAACACUUUUAAGAAAGAAUGAAGACACAGCUGGAUAAAUACAAGGAUUAUUUUUUUCAUCCUACUGAUAUACUCAAAGAAAGGUCAAUAUUCUUAAAGGAUUAUUAAUGCCAAAAUUCAAGACAAUUGGAAUAGGCAAUUUCGUCUGAAAUCUUUUAGAGAAAAAAGCAAAGCCUUACUAUCAAACAUGUAAUAGUUUUUGUUGUUAAAACAACUGAAAAUGUGUGUGUAUAUAUAUAUGAUAGAUAGAUAGAUAUAUUAGCACUGACUCUCAAUAUAUGGCUAUUGAGAGUCAGUGCUAAUGAAUGACCAAUGGCAACGACCAAAUCUUGAGUCCUUUUUUGCAUAAAGAGAACAUAAUAAGGUACAGUUUGCUUUACAUUAUAUUGAAUUACAUCUAAUUAUUUAUUUUAUAUCCAAGCACUUCUAAAGAAGUUUUUUUCCUCAGGAGACAUAUAUUUUGUAAUGUAUUUGUCAGUAUAAGACCAUUUACAUAAAUACAGAAUAUAAAUUAAUAAUAAAUACUGUAAACAUAAACGUAACUCUUUUUUUUUUUUAUAGUAACUGUAGAGGAAACUGAUAUGCUGGUAAACAUACUUAGUGUUUGACAUCUGUUUUCCUGAUAUUGGGGAAUAUCUUUUUGUGAAGAUAUUAGCAGUUUUCAGUAGGUUUGCACCAUAAUAGUACUAGUUGAUUAUGAAAAAUCCAGCAAUGCAGGCACAGCAAAAGCGACAGACUUUAUGUAAGCUCUGUUUCAACAGAAAAACAUUUUUACAAUCCAUAUGCUUAUCAAAUUCAGGUUUAUAACUGUGCGACUGAUACCUAAUGAUUGUCCAGGCGAUAUUCAACUAUCACACGCACAUUCCUACAUCUAUUCUGGCAUGAUGACAAACUGGAUAGCAAUGCAACUUCUAUUUUCUUUUACCUGUCUUCUUUAAGUGGUCAGUUUACAGAAACCCCUCAAGGUGGCUAAAAGUGGCUCUAUGAAGAGCAUAGAGUGUAUGGAACAGAAAGUCUACUAAAUUAUAUUAUUUUACAAUCAUUUUGAACAGUAAACUUGAAAAUGUACUAAAAUGUAUUGUUUAAAACAAUGUCAAAAAAGUAUUUAAAAAUAUUUGAGAAUAUAUGAUGAUGAAAAUAUUUAUAAAAUGUAAUCGUAUUGUAUUCAUUCAAAUGAUAUGACAUCAAAAUGGAUAUUUAACAUUGCAUUAAGUCACAUAUGUAUAUUAUUUCAGGAAACCAGAGCUUGUGCAAAUAAAGUAAGGUUCUCAAAUCAAAACUCUGUAUUUAUUGAGAUGAAAUUGGC